AUGCCAGGAUUUGAGGCAGGCCCCGAACCAGGAUCACGAUGGACACUCGUGUUCGACGGUGCUUCCAAUGCUCGUGGCCAUGGAAUAAGUGUUAUUAUAACUUCUCCCACCGGUUUCCACCUUCCAUUUACCGCUAGAUUAUGUUUUGACUGCACCAACAAUAUGGCAGAAUAUGAAGCAUGUAUCUACAGUUUGGAGGCGACCAUCGACUUGAGGAUCAAGAUUCUUGAGGUAUACAGUGAUUCAGCUCUGGUAAUAAGUCAGGUGAAAGGUGAUUGGGAGACUCAGGAUAGCAAGUUGAUACCUUACAAGGAGCAUAUCAGAAAACUAGUACCCUAUUUUGAUGUAAUCUCCUUUCAUCAUAUUUCUAGGGAAGAAAAUAAGUUAGCAGAUGCUCUAGCCAUGUUGGCAUCUAUGUUCAAAGUCAAAUGGAAGAAUGAUGCACCAUCCAUCCAUAUUGACCACUUAGAUGAACUAGCACAUUGUCUAGCAAUCGAGGCAAAUCCUGAUGAUAAGCCCUGGUUCUACGACAUAAAGACAUUUAUGGAAAAACAACAAUAUCCUGAGGGUAUAACCAUUACUGAUAAGAUGGCUCUGAGAAGACUCUCUUCCAAGUUCUUCCUAAACGGUUACAUAAACUCAGUCUGCACAUCCACUAGGGCAACUCCAUACUCAUUGGUAUAUGGGAUGGAGGUUGUCUUGCCGAUUGAAGUCGAGAUCCCUUCACUUAGAGUCAUCAUGGAGGCCGACCUCAAUGAAGUUGAAUGGGUUCAACCGCGGUAUGACUAUCUGAAUCUAAUAGAAGAAAAACGUUUGACGGCCGUUUGUCAUGGUCCGUUGUACCAGAGACGUCUCAAAUGA